UAUUACUUAUUCACAUCAGAUCCGAGGUUCUCACUGCUAUUUUGCAGUAUGAAGUUACAGAAGACUGUUAUCAUUCAAGAGGGAUACGAGAAAGAACUCUCGGCACAUUAUGAAGCUCCCCGAGACAAGGAGAAACUGCUUAAAAUACCGCGGACUGAUGCUCUGUGCACCCCGAUGCGAAUUUGCUACGCCUCUGUGAUCCUCGUCCUGGCUGUGCCUGCUCCAGUGCUCUUCUUCUUUGCGGUGUUCUCGAGCAACCCGGAGUUGAAGCCCGAGCCAUGGACAUGCAGCAUCAAGGCUGAAUACAGGGUUCCGUGUCUAACGGAUGCAAUCCCUAUGGUGGAGGAAACUUGCCUGCAAAUUAACUGCUGCUGGAACGAAACCGACAACGCGUGUUUCCACUCCAUUCCUUCUCAACACAGCUACAGCGCCAAGGACUGGCAGGGCAAUGAGUGGGCGGUCAGCCAACUCGAGACAGAGUACCUAAACCUCACGACUCGACUACGAACUUCUCCUUACAGAAAAUCUGUAGUUGGCCUUCUACACACUUAUUUUGUACCCAUCUCUGAAGACCAUCUCCGCUUCUAUCUCUACGACCCCGAGACCGGCAAACCAGAAGUCACAAAUAGGACCCCACUAACCUCCUCCAAAUUCAGAGCAGAAGCAUUCGGCCCUGAAUAUUUUUCAUUGCAAAUAUAUCGCAGAGAAAAUACGAGGUCGCUUCUCUUCAGCACCUCACGAGGUCCUACAAUUGCCAGUGAGAAUUACUGGGAGCUGUCACUUCAGUUCCCAAAGGAAGCAGCUCUGUUUGGGUUGGGGGGUUUAAGACUGUCUUCGAAACCCAAGCUCCUGUACAAUACUGGGCAAAGGCUAGGCGCGAACCCUUUUAUCAUCAUCCUGGAUGCUGAAGGCAGUGCCUAUGGGGUCCUCUUCAGCAAUCCAGGGCCACUGGAAUUUCAGCUAUUGGAAAAUUCGAAUCUUCUCAUAGUAAAGUCCCUUUCCACAGUGAUGUGGGAUAUUAGCGUCUUCGCAGGUCCUACUCCAGCAGACGUGAUGGAACAGUACACCUCGAUUGAGGGACGACGCCCCACUCUUCCACCUCCGUGGGCGCUAGGGUUUCAUGUCUGCAGGAACACAUCAAAAGAUAACGAAACUCUGUACUUCAUGGAGGGGGCCACCGAGUUGCCUUACGAGUCAGAUUGCUUGCAGGAGGAACUUCUGUAUCAGUUUGACUUUAACAUGUCUGAAAUCAUGGGAAGCGUAGCAGAGAAGUUUCGAGAGACAGGGCGGAAGCUGCUACUGUCUCUUCCCCCACAGGUAAAUUCAAUCCUGGUUCCAUGUGAGCCGUUUAUAUUGGUCGAAGACAAGGAUGAGCCUUUGCAAGAGGAGUAUCACGGCCUGAACGUGUCUUACCCUGACUUCUUCAACGAAGGAAUAGCUACAUGCUUUGCCGAGCAUCUUGCCAAUUUGACGACAAAUAUAGAUGAUAUGCUGGGAGGCUUUGUGCUGCAGGACAAUUGGCCCGCCGUGAACACCAAUCAGAACAUCAGAGAGGAUAUGGUGUAUGUGCCUGAGGGCACACUUUCACGUGGAACACUAUGGUGGCGUGCCCGUCAUGGAAACACAUUCCACUACCAAUUACACAACAUGUACGGCCUACAGCACGCUAAAUUGGUUGCUUCGAAUCUGCAAGCGGAUAAGCACAUUGUGCUAAGUGCGGCCACGUAUACGGGGAGUGGCGCUGUGGGUGGCAGCCAUGCGCAUGCACGAGCCGACGUGGCUUGCACAUGGAGCAACAUGAAAACAGCGCUGGAGACUGCGCUGGGCCUGGGACUGGCAGGAAUUCCCUUGGCGGGCGGAGGGUCUGUAUGUGGUACUAUGGGUGAUUACGACGAGGAGCUGUGCACCAGGUGGUACCUCAUGAGUUCCAUGCUUCCGCUAAUGCGUGUUUCCUCUGAGCUGCCCCUACGAGACCCGUUGAACCUGAAGAGUGGAAGCUCUCGAGAGGCUGCGAAGAGAUAUUUGCACCUGAGAUACUCACUACUGGCCUACUUCUACUCCCUGUUCCAUGAGGCUAGUAACACCGGAGUGCCGGUCGCUAGACCCAUGUUCUUUGAUUUUCCAGUUGACGAGGAAACGUGGACAAAAUACGAGCAAUUUAUGAUCGGCCCCGCACUUCUAGCUCGCCCUGCUUUCCAUGAGAAAGCCGUCGCAGUUCCCGUGUAUCUUCCAGCAGAGAACGUGUCGUGGUAUCUCUUCGAAGGGGGUCAUGAAGUCAACAGUGGUAUAGGUGGGGUAACAAUAGACGUCACGAACCUGUCCAAUGAACUGGUGCUCCUGCUGCGAGGGGGCUUCAUUGUGCCUACUCAGAAAGCCCAGCCGACUGUCGAGGCAACACUCGCAGGCUCUUACAGUUUGGUGGUUGGUCUCAAUUGCCGUGAGGAUGGUGCCUGUAAUGCUGCCGGUGAUCUCUACGUCAAUUCAAACAUCACAUUCAAUUUUCACGCUAACGAAAGUGGACUGGACUUUCAGAGCAACUGCACCAACCCAUCUUCCUCUAUCCUCCAGAAUAUUUCAGUCUAUGGACUGAACGUGACAGCUUGCUUCAGGGUCAGUGUUGGUCCAAACACCGAAGCAAGCUGCACUGUGACUGAAGAAAACCAAGUCCUUGAAAUAACGAAUUUAGAACUUGACCUCUGCAAUGCUACGGCUGGUCGAAUACAGUGGGAAGUAAUCGAUAUAACUCAAACAACAACAAUAACGACGUCUACAUCAGUAACUUCAGCACCAACGAUUGAAAUUGAAACAACGCCAAAAACUGAAGCAAAUACCAAACCUGAAACAACGACCAAAUCUGAAGGAGCUACCGAAUCCGAGACAACAACCGAAACUGAAACAGCGACCAAAUCUGAAGGAACUACCGAAUCCGAGACAACAACCGAAACUGAAACAGCGACAAAAUCUGAAGGAACUACCGAAUCCGAGACAACAACCGAAACUGAAACAGCGACCAAAUCUGAAGGAACUACCGAAUCCGAGACAACAACCGAAACUGAAACAGCGACCAAAUCUGAAGGAACUACCGAAUCCAAGACAACAACCGAAACUGAAACAGCGACAAAAUCUGAAGGAACUACCGAAUCCGAGACAACAACCGAAACUGAAACAGCGACCAAAUCUGAAGGAACUACCGAAUCCGAGACAACAACCGAAACUGAAACAGCGACCAAAUCUGAAGGAACUACCGAAUCCAAGACAACAACCGAAACUGAAAGAACGACCAAAUCUGAAACCACCAAACCUGAGACACCCUAACCUGAAACAUCACCAAAACUGAAAAUACCGAACCCGAGGCACCUCAAACUGAAAAAACGACAAAAUUGAUAUUACACUCCUCAGGCACGGUUGCCAUUUUGACUACUGGAACCAGCCUCUGAACAUGUGCAUGUGCGUCUGCUGCCUAGAUUGUUAUGAAGCUAGAAUGUGCUGCUUCCUAGAUGUGCAUACAGAAAAGCUAUUACUUCAAUUACAGCUGUUUUACUUCCAUUUGUAAACUCUAUACUGACUCUCUGGUAUAUAAUAGCACAUUGGAAAUGGAACCAACUUCCAACUCAGGGAAGCCACAGUAUGCAAUCGUUAAUUUGUUUUUCAUUUAUAAGUGUUCACCUCAUUAUGAUCAGUAUUUGAUAGAAAUAUGUUGUAAUUAUGUAAAAUAAUUAUUUGGCUAUAAAUGAUUUGUAAAUAUUUUGUAGACGUCAAAUA